CCGAACCCCUGCCCAAGUUGUCUGUGUGCCAGAAAGGCUUUGACCUUCUCAAGUUAUUCUGGGGGGGCCUCCUCGUCCGCCACAGCGUGGCUGGCCCAUGUUCUAGAAUUAAAGUGGUUUCUAUCAGCCAAGGAGAGGCCACCUGUGGCCCACUGGGCCCCUCUGUCUGUGGCCCUGACACUGAGCGGGUCCUUCCCGGGGGUCGUUUUGUAACUGUGGGGACAGAGGCCCGUGACCAACAGGUGUCUCCCAGCUCACCUCACAGUGGAGGGCGGGGCCCCGGGCCGGCUCCCGAAGCCUCCUUCUUCCCCAGCGGGAUGCUGACGUCCCAGGAGCCCUCGGAGCAGCGGGAGACCGGCCACCCCGAGGAUGGCGGGGCCGGGCUCUCUGGGGAGGACGGCGGGGCCGAGGACAUGCUGGGCAUGAAUGGGGCUCUUCCUCGGUCUCACCUGCCUGUGUCCCCAGCCUGCCCCUGACACCGGCACUCGGAUUUCCCUGCCUCCUCUUGCAAGACCUUUCUGGUGAUGCUUUAACCUGGAGGUUGACACGCGUCUUCCCUCUAGGAGGGGCGUAUGGCUCUCCUUCCACAGCCUGGCGUCUCCGUAGACGAGAGGUAGAAUGGGGAGUUUAAGGAACUUCGGCUUCUCAGCUAAGUUCCUGAAUCCCAGGGAAGGCGUGAGGCUGUAAGAACUUGGUCAAACGAACAUGAGGAAGUUCCCGAGACUUAAAUCUUCCCCCUGGAGUCGCAAACCUUCCGCUUCUCUAUCCCCUGCUUCCUUCGAGCCCCCUCUGGGUCCCCUCCCGUGCUCACCCGUCCAGUGGCUGUGACCACACAGCGCAGGGCCGUGUUGUCCUCGGCAACCUCAUUUAUCUCCGAAACAGCCAUCAAAGCAGGACUCCGAGGAGAAGCUGGUAGGCUGGCUUUAAAACGCCAUGGCUUCUGCGAAUUUCUGCAGAGGUGACGGAAUACCUGUUGAAUACGACACGGGGUUUUGCUGUGCUCUCCGGAAUUCAGAGGUAUUGGCCGCGGGAGCUGGGGUGACUGUAUUUUGUGCGUGCCAGGCCGGUCCUGGGUGCGUGAGGCGCCCCACCGCCCUGGAUCCUCAUGGAUUGGCGAGAGGUGUUAGCAUGCCAAGUGAACAAUAGAGACAAGGGGUGUCUUUCUUACGGCCCCCAAGCAGCACCGGGCGGGCGCAGCCCCAAGUCUCGGGCUAUCUGACUCCCCAUUUGUCAGAUGGUGAUGAACUGAGAGUCCCGUGGGGACACAGACACGUGGGGACAGAGACACGGGGAGCUGACACUCAACACAGUCUCAGCCGGGCCCCAGGAGGGGUGCCCCAGGCCACCACGUGGUGGGGGACAGAGGACGUCCUCUAUCUAGCUGGAAACACUGGCUAAGAGGGUUAGGUGGUAUUUCCAAGCUUCUCUUCAAGAAGGAUCCAGACCGGGCCGUGCACCAGGGUAGAGCUCUUUCCAAGUCCCAGCCCCCGGCUGCCCGCAAACGGAGGGGUUGGCAGGGGUCCCGUGACCACGGUUCUCUGCUCACUUGUGUCUAACUUGGGCAGAUUGACACCUUCCUUCCUGAGCGCACUUGGAUCCUCACACACAAAGAUUCCCUUGUUAUGCCCAACAGACAGCAUCUUCACAGGCCUCACCUCUCAGAAUAACCAUCUGAGGCCAUUCUGUCAUCAUUUUGGAGAAGAGGAAACUGAGGCCCAGAGAGGUGAGGUGCCUUGUCUGAGGUCACACAGCAAGGAAGCGGUGAAGCCAGGAUUAUAACCUUUUCUGAAUCUUUUCAAAACACAUCCUUUUUAAAAAAAUUUUUUUUAAUUAUGUUUAUUUUGAGAGAGAGACAGAGUGCGAGCUGGGGAGGGGCAGAGAGAGGGAGACGCAGAAUCCGAAGCAGGUUCCAGGCUCCGAGCUGUCAGCACAGAGCCCCACCUGGGGCUCGAGUCCACGAACGUGAGAUCGCGACCUGAACCGAGGUCGGAUGCUCAACCGACUGAGCCACCCAGGCGCCCCCAGAGCACCAGCUCCUAACUCUUGCCUGCUGCCCCCUCAGGUGAGAUUAAGAAAGAAACGAAAGCGUCAUCUGCCUCUUUCGGCAAAGAACAGCAAUUCGCUAACCACCUUUAUCCGGUUAUAUUUUGCGGAAUGAGUCACAACAGACACUGCUUAACCAGAAGGGAUAAAGGCGUCAGAGUCGUAUUCAUCUCCUAGCUGUCGGAGGCCCUGACCUCUUUUCUAGAAGGUCUAGGCUAACGCCCGAAAGGGCUGGAGGGUUUUGUAGGAGAGGCCCCCCCCACCUGCGCAAACACCACAGUGAAGCCUGAGCCCUGUUCCCUCCCCUGUCUCUCCCCCCCACCCCCCCCGAUGGCACAGCGGCUCCAGCGGUAGGUGGCCUGGCUUCACGAGGAGUUCAGGAGCCAGGAGUCGCGGUCACCGCCAGCCCAGAGCCAGAUGGACACCCUCAGGCGACAGAACCUGGAGCUUCGGGACGGCCUGAGGGUGUCGGGGCUGCGGGGACCGCCAGCCGGGGGGCCGUUCGCAGCCGCCGUCUGCACAAGAAGGAAAUUGGCCACUCGUACCAGAAGGUUUUUUUGGUUUACUUAGAAGUGAUGUCACGGGAAAGGUGGCCGCAUUGUCGUUGGCGCUGGUGGUAACGCUCACCCUCCGGGAGGCGAGGGGCUGGCUGUCUGUUAACUCACGUCCGUAAAUGAAUGACGGACACGGGGACCCAGCCCCUGUCUGGUCUCCAGAGGCAUCUCGUGACACCUGGUAGGGCAGCAGCCCGCACUUCCUGGGGACCGUGACCGGACAGUGAGCCUGUGAGAUGCAUCCCGGUGCUGAUGCCCCCCGCGUCGUGUGGCUGCUGAGCCCCAGGGCCUGGGCGUACUUGCUUGUGAAUGUGUAAGUCUACAGUUCACGGAGUCAGGAUGUUUCAGCUCUGACACAGUAACACACACUCUCUCUCCCUCUCUUAUUUGGAGCUCACGUGCUGGGUGAAUUUCCACUGUGCGCAGUGCCACCCCCAGAAUGGUGCGGUGACGUGUAAGGACAGGACCCGUUCUGCAAAGCACGCCCGACUGAAAGAAAGCAGGACGGAUGUGGGACCCUCACUCUGGGUCCGUGCAGGCACCUGCUCGGGCAGGCACGGUUGUGGGGCCAGCGCAUCGAGCCGUCAGUGACACUCGUGAGCCCAGGACCGAUCAGCUGCCCUGGAAACGGGACAGAAGGCUGUCCAGCCCCGUCCCGUCGGCGUCCUCCCGCCAGAGGGCCGAGCGGUGAAUACAUAAAGUCACCACGUCCUGCCGGAAGGGCCCCGCUUUUCCAGAGUUUGCUUCAGAGCAGGGAGGCUUGAGAGUCUACGUUUCAAGUCCUCGAUCAAUUGUCAGUGGCGACGCUAACAACAGGGCCACGUUUUCUUCUUUGCUGAGUACUUUCCCAGUGGAAGACACAUCAUCCAAGGAGACAGACGUGGGUGGUGGUUAUUUUGUUGCUUUUGGGCACCUGGGAUACUUUGAAAGAGUGAACAACCGUGAGAGGCGACCACAGUUUGCGAUGCGCUGUGUUCUGCGAGAAUCUGCAACACGCUGUGGGGAGAAACCAGCUUGAGGCCCCCGCCUGCAGCCUUACUCUUCCCUAGCACACUGCAAUUGCUGUUGAGUGGUCGGUUCCACGUGGAAUUUACCUUCGAGUUGCUGUGCCUUCCAAGAUGUGAACAUUUCUCCUGAAUCAUCCUUGUGAUGAAUUGCCUUUUAGGUAUCGCAAUCUGCUCUGGGGAAAAUGUUGCCUCCGUCAGCUGAUGAAGAAAUAAUACUGAAGCACGCAGGCCGCAGAAGUCACAGUGCUACUGUCAUAGGACAAGGACAGUCCUCUAAACGUGGCCCUUCUUCCCAGGUGACCCUCAAUGUUUAUGACCUUUAGAAAUAGGCAGAAAAAAAAAAAAAAGAAAUAAGCAGAGACCCAGCACCCAAACCCAUGUAUCCCACCAGCAUCUCACUGGGAAAACCUGCCUCCCUGAAUGAGCAGUCCUUACUAACGUGGGGAUCCUCUCCUUGCGAAUGCAGGGAUCCAGUCCUUGCAAACUCAGAGAUCCAGUCUUUAUGAACUCAGGGGUUCAGUCCUUACAAACUCAAGGAUCCAGUCCUUGUAAACUCAGGGAUUCAGUCCUUACAAACUCAAGGAUCCAGUCAUUGCAAACUCAGAGAUCCAGUCUUUACAAACUCAGGGAAGGAAGGGAUCCAGUCCCUACAAACUCAGGGAUCCAGUCCUUGCAAACUCAGGAUCCAGUCUUUACAAACUCAGGGAAGGGAUCCAGUCCCUACAAACUCAAGGAUCCAGUCCUUGCAAACUCGGGAUCCAGUCCUUGCAAACUCAGGGAUCCAGUCCCCACAAACUCAGGGAUCCAAUCUCUGCAAACCCAAGGAUCCAGUCCUUGCAAACUCGGGAUUCAGUCCUUACAAACUCAAGGAUCCAGUCCUUGCAAACUCAGAGAUCCAGUCCCUACAAACUCAGGGAUCCAGUCCUUGCAAACUCAGGAUAUAGUCUUUAUGAACUCAGGGAUUCAGUCCUUACAAACUCAAGGAUCCAGUCCUUGUAAACUCAGGGAUCCAGUCUUUACAAACUCAGGGAUCCAGUCCUUGCAAACUCAGGAUCCAGUCUUUACAAACUCAGGGAAGGGAUCCAGUCCCUACAAACUCAAGGAUCCAGUCCUUGCAAACUCAGGAUCCGGUCCUUGCAAACUCAGGGAUCCAGUCCUUGCAAACUCAGAGAUCCAGUCCCUACAAACUCAGGGAUCCAAUAUCUGCAAACUUGGGAUCCAGUCCUUGCAAACUCAAGGAUCCAGUCCUUGCAAACUCAAAGAUCCAGUCCCUACAAACUCAGGGAUCCAGUCCUUGCAAACUCAGGAUCCAGUCUUUACAAACUCAGGGAAGGGAUCCAGUCCUUGUAAACUCAAGGAUCCAGUCCUUGCAAACUCGGGAUCCAGUCCUUGCAAACUCAGGGAUCCAAUCUCUGCAAACUGAGGGAUCCAGUCCAGCAGGUGGUCUCCUCAGCACAGUCACCACAGACAGCCUGGCUGGGAGCUGAGCACAGGCAUCCAGGGCCGUGUGCUUUCUUUCCUUUUGUGCAGCCGGAGGCAGGGGUUUUAAGUAGCCGCACUUGUCGUGUCUUUUGGUUUUAAAGCCGUGGUGUUUCCUGGGGUCACUGCUGUGGCUUGUGGUGCUGCUUUCCACAUGGGCUUUGUUUUGGGGCCUCAGUACAGGACAUUAUUGGAUCUCCGUUGCAUUUUCUUUGUUCAGGUGAGCUCCUCCUUAGAAUAUUCUGGCGCCCAGAGUCUUGGCGACCACCCCAGCUUUGUGUCUUCCUCAUGCUUGGGAAGCCCCUCUGCGUCCUCAGCCGGCAUUGGGUAACAGGGCUCAUUUGGUCCGAGAAGAGCCCCAACUCAAGACGACCUAACGUCCCAACACUCUUUCCCAAUGCGAGUGCUGAGCAGACAGUAUCUCACUCCCGGAGGGAAGGUCUGGAGUCCCUGCUAACCCAGGCACUCCCUGUAGGUAGGGAGAACCCCUUUUUGGGUCAUGUGAGCAGACAGGAUCGGAAGUCCCAGGUGACUCUCUGGUGUCCUUUGAGAUGCAGCCUUGUCCUCUGUUCCCAUGUUAGUGACAUGCGUGUAAUGUAAUUGCUUCCCAAAGGAUUGUGUGAGCGAAUGCGUUCUUGGCUGAGCCAAUGUUUGAAUAAUGCAAAGGGUAGAAAAAAUUAUUAUCCAUUGUUCAAUUCAGUUGUGAGCUAUUUAUUUUGCUGUGAUGGCCAAGCUUUUCUGUAGGCUCAAUCAUAACUUUCUGGAAUCCCACAAGACCGUGGGCUAUGGAACGAGAAAUGAGGCACACCUAUAGUUCUCCUUCGUAGGAUGUAAGGACAGAGUCGCAGCGAUCCAGCUCCUGUGACAGUCAACGUGAUGUAUUGGUGGAUGCUUCUGGGUGAAACGAUUGUGACUAAUGAGAAAGUACCCCCGCAUUUAUUUUCAGCCAGUAGGUAUGAAGACGGAAGGAACCGAGUCAAGGAAAACAAUGUCGUGUGAGACAAAACUCUUUCCAGAAGGUCUUCAAGACGGAAGUGCCUUGUCUCCCGCGAUGGGGGUGCCCUCUGAGGAAAACCCAACCUCAUUCGUGGGUGAAAAGGGGACACUUAGCAAACAGUGCGAAUUUAUACCAUUUAUAUUUAAAAUUUAGAUUUCAGUAACAUUCCACUUAGAUCUAACGAGAAUACUCCAUUUAUGUUCAAAAUGGUCACAUUUAUUACUUUUUAAAUUUUUUUAACGUUUUAUUUAUUUAUUAUUAAAAAAAUUUUUUUUACAUUUUAUUUAUUUUUGAUACACAGAGAGA